GUGCGCGGCGGAGCGCGCCAGGCCUGCCCCGCCGGGCCCCCGCGCUCUCGGCCGCUGCGGGAGCCAACUGAGAGCGACUCCGCCGCGAGGGUCGCCCCGAGAGCCAACUCCUCCAAAGCUCUUAAGGAGGACUUGACAACAUGGCUUCCCCACCGCACCAGCAGCUGCUGCAUCACCACAGCACCGAGGUGAGCUGCGACUCCAGCGGAGACAGCAACAGCGUGACGGUGAAAAUCAACCCCAGGCAGCACCAGGGCUGCUCCUCGGCCAAGCACUGCAAGUACAGCAUCUCAUCCAGCUGCAGCUCGGGGGAGUCGGGUGGCACCCGCCGGGCAGCUGGAGGAGGCGGCGGCGGUGGCCUCCGCCGGCAGAAGAAGCUGCCACAGCUCUUCGAGAGGGCUUCCUCCAAAUGGUGGAACCCCAAAUUCGACUCCAACAACCUGGAAGAGGCUUGUAUGGAGCGGUGCUUCCCACAGACCCGGCGCAGGUUUCGCUAUGCCCUCUUCUAUAUUGGCGUGGCCUGUCUGCUCUGGGGAAUCUACUUUGGCAUACACAUGAAAGAGAAACUGAUUGUUUUCAUGGUGCCAGCUCUGUGCUUCCUCUUGGUAUGUGUAGUGUUUUUUAUGUUCACUUUCACCAAGACUUAUGCCCGCCAUUAUGUGUGGACUUCGCUGACGCUCACCCUCCUGGUUUUUGCAUUGACUCUUGCUCCACAGUUCCAGGUUCUGACACCUAUCUCAGGAAGCGGUGACAUGUCCAACCAGACUCCCCCAGCAAAUCCCUCAGACACUUGCCUUUCUCAAGUAGGCAGUUUUUCUAUGUGUAUUGAAGUGCUCUUGUUGCUUUACACAGUGAUGCACUUACCCUUGUAUUUAAGCUUGUUUCUGGGACUCUCUUACUCAGUCCUCUUCGAGACCUUUGGGUAUCACUUCCGUGAUGAAAACUGUUUUACGCCUCUUGGAGCCAGCGCAGUUUACUGGGAACUGUUGAGCAAAGCCUUCCUUCACAUCUGCAUCCAUGCAAUCGGUAUUCAUCUAUUUAUCAUGUCCGAAGUCAGAUCAAGAAGCACAUUCCUGAAAGUGGGGCAAUCAAUCAUGCAUGGAAAAGACUUGGAAGUAGAAAAAGCCCUGAAAGAGAGGAUGAUUCAUUCUGUUAUGCCAAGAAUAAUAGCUGAUGACUUAAUGAAACAAGGGGAUGAUGAAAGUGAAAACUCUGUCAAACGUCACUCCACCUCAAGCCCCAAAAACAGGAAGAAGAAGCCCUCCAUACAGAAAACCCCCAUAAUAUUCCGUCCUUUUAAAAUGCAGCAGAUAGAACAAGUGAGCAUUUUGUUUGCAGAUAUUGUUGGCUUCACUAAAAUGAGCGCAAAUAAAUCUGCCCAUGCUCUGGUGGGACUUCUGAAUGAUCUGUUUGGCCGUUUUGACCGGCUGUGUGAGGACACUAAAUGCGAGAAGAUAAGCACUUUGGGAGACUGUUACUACUGUGUAGCUGGUUGCCCAGAGCCUCGGGCAGAUCACGCUUACUGCUGCAUUGAAAUGGGCUUAGGUAUGAUUAAAGCUAUUGAGCAAUUUUGCCAAGAGAAGAAAGAAAUGGUGAACAUGAGAGUUGGUGUUCAUACUGGGACAGUUCUGUGUGGCAUUUUAGGAAUGAGGAGAUUCAAGUUUGAUGUGUGGUCCAAUGAUGUCAAUUUGGCCAAUCUAAUGGAACAGCUGGGGGUGGCUGGAAAAGUCCAUAUUUCAGAAGCUACUGCAAAAUAUUUGGAUGACCGUUAUGAAAUGGAGGAUGGAAAGGUGAUUGAGCGAGUUGGUCAGAGUGUGGUAGCUGAUCAGUUAAAAGGUUUAAAGACUUACCUGAUAUCUGGUCAGAAAGUGAAGGACUCUCACUGCAGCUGCUCACAAGCAUUGCUGCCUGGCUUGGAGUCAGGAGAUGCAACUAAGAUCCAGGGAACGUCGUCAGCUGAGAACACUGGUGACUUGACAAAGACUCUCAAACAUGCAGAAAAACCUAAGCCUUGUCCUUCUUGUAGUACCACCCUUGCUCCCCACUGCGAUAUCAGCAUAGAAGAAGGAGCUAUCCAAAAUGGUUGUCAGGAUGAGCAUAAAAACAUUACUAAGGUUCCAGGAGGACAUAAUUCAAAGACUCAAAAUGGACUUUUGAGUCCUCCACAGGAAGAAAAACUGAGCAAUAGUCAGACCUCACUUUAUGAAAUGUUGCAAGAGAAAGGAAGAUGGGUGGGAGUGAGUCUGGAUCAAUCAGCUCUCCUUCCUUUGAGAUUCAAAAAUAUCAGAGAAAAGACAGAUGCUCACUUUGUGGAUGUGAUUAAAGAAGACAGCCUCAUGAAAGACUACUUCUUUAAACCUCCUAUUAACAAGCUGAGCCUGAACUUCUUAGAUCAGGAUUUGGAGAUGACCUACAGGACAAGCUAUCAGGAAGAGGUUAUAAAGAAUGCGCCAGUGAAGACGUUUGCCAGUGCUACCUUCAGCUCACUCCUGGACGUGUUCCUUUCCACCACAGUCUUCCUAAUACUCUCUAUCACAUGUUUCUUGAAACAUGGGAUGGUCUCAUCCCCUCCACCGCCAGCAGCAGUCGUGGUGUUCGUCAUCGCCAUCCUGCUAGAAGUGCUGUCCCUCGUCAUCUCAGUUAGGAUGGCAUUCUUUCUGGAGGAGGUGAUGGCUUGCACAAAGCGUCUCCUGGAGGUGAUAUCUGGCUGGCUGCCUCGACAUUUUUUCGGUGCAAUCCUAGUUUCUCUCCCAGCUCUUGCAGUUUUUUCGCACUUCACCUCUGAUUUUGAAACAAAUAUACAUUAUACCAUGUUUAUGUGUUGUGCGAUUCUGAUCACCAUUGUCCAGUACUGUAACUUCUGCCAGCUUAGCUCCUGGAUGAGAUCUCUGUUGGCAACUGUAGUAGGAGCAGUGCUUCUCAUUCUGCUCUACGUCUCCUUGUGUCCAGACAGCUCUGUGGAAACUUCUCAUCUAGAUUUGGCACAGAACUUCAGCUCCAGAAAGAAUCCGUGCAACAGCUCGGGGCCAAGUGACACCAGGAGGCCAGCAGACCUCAUUGGUCAGGAAGUGCUGUUGGUUGUCUUCCUUCUGCUCCUCCUAGUUUGGUUUCUGAAUCGAGAGUUUGAAGUCAGUUAUCGUCUCCACUACCAUGGAGAUGUGGAGGCCGAUCUUCAUCGCACCAAAAUACAGAGCAUGAGGGAUCAAGCUGACUGGUUGCUGAGGAAUAUUAUUCCCUAUCACGUGGCUGAACAGUUGAAGGUUUCCCAGAGCUAUUCCAAAAACCAUGACAGUGGCGGGGUGAUCUUUGCUAGCAUUGUGAACUUCAGUGAGUUCUAUGAAGAAAACUACGAAGGAGGCAAAGAAUGCUACAGAGUCCUGAACGAACUGAUUGGGGAUUUCGAUGAGCUGCUAAGCAAACCUCAUUAUAGCAGCAUUGAGAAAAUCAAAACAAUUGGGGCUACCUACAUGGCUGCUUCAGGACUAAACACCUCACAGUGUCAAGACAACAACCAUCCACAUGGACAUUUGCAGACCCUUUUUGAAUUUGCCAAAGAAAUGAUGCAAGUGGUAGAUGACUUCAACAACAACAUGCUGUGGUUUAAUUUUAAACUUAGGAUUGGCUUUAACCAUGGUCCCCUCACUGCUGGGGUCAUCGGCACCACCAAGUUGCUAUAUGACAUCUGGGGUGACACUGUGAACAUUGCUAGCAGAAUGGACACCACUGGCGUAGAGUGCCGUAUACAGGUGAGUGAGGAAAGCUACCGCAUCCUAAACAAGAUGGGGUAUGACUUUGAUUACAGGGGGACAGUCAAUGUGAAGGGGAAAGGUCAGAUGAAGACCUACCUUUACCCAAAAUGCAUGGACAACGGGAUUGUGCCACAUCACCAGUUGUCUAUAUCUCCAGACAUUCGGGUUCAAGUGGAUGGCAGCAUUGGGCGAUCUCCGACUGAUGAGAUUGCCAACCUGGUGCCUUCUGUACAGAAUUCUGAUAAGAUAGCCCAUGGCACAGAUAACUCAGAAACCAAGGACAUGCUUCCUUCCUCCAAGAAACUCCAGAAAGAUUCGCUGAAAGCGGAAGAGAGGUGCAGGUUUGGCAAAGCUGUAGGGAAGACUGACUGUGAGGAAGCAGGAACUGAGGAGGUCAAUGAACUGACAAAGCUAAAUAUCUCUAAGAGUGUAUGAUGCACUGUCAGAGUUGCAUGAAGUGCUCUGUCAAUAGAAACACAAAGACGUUUGCAAUCGGCGGUUUUCUUUUUGAAGAGAGACCUUCUCAACACCUGGGUUGUACGUUUGUUUUCAUUUCAGUGCCUGAUGCUGUGUGGAUCACAGUUCUUCAGGGCUUGUUUUCAUCCAUCUCUUUCCUCCAUGCCCCAAAUCCCAUCCCAAGCUCCCCAGCUCCCUGUGCAACCAUCUUUCAGCUGAGUAGAGGAUAUUAAGUGCCUUCAGAUAUACUCCAUUGGACUCCCUGUCCAGGUACAGAGGCCCCAAGUGAAAUCAUAGCUUUGGGUAUUUAUCUAAUUUUAAAGAAAAGAAAAGCUGUGGUUAUAUCAUUUUUAUUGUUGUUUCUCACAAAACACUUUUUUUGGCUAAUGCAACUCCUUGGGUUUUUUAUAUCUAUCUGAACAAUAUUUUACUGUUAUCAGACCUUUUGUAUGUAAUGUAAACACACAGACAAAUGUGCAUGUAUCUACCAUACAGAUCUGACAUAAAGUGCCAGUAAUGUACCACAAAAGAAUGUCUUGGCAAGGGGGUGACACAAUUUUCCUUUGUGUUAGGCUGGAGGAGGAGUUCUGCAGUGGCUUAACAUUUAGUUAGAGUUGGCUGAACAACUGCUGUAGUUUUAUUCUCCUGUAUUGAUGCUUUCCUCAAACUUAAUGUGCCAUGGUGUGCUUUGGAUACACUUGUUUUCCGUAUAGCCAAUGAGUUACUGACACGUGGGAAUGGAAUCGGGGUUCAGACCUCACCAACUCUCAGGACAUGGUUCCAGAAGCAGACAAGUGACCGUACGAGUGUUACAAUUCAGGUCUUAAGCAUCUAAAACAGUUUCAUUUUGCUCCGCCACCUAGCUGAAUUUGCAAAGGUAGGUGAAGUUGGUGUCUUGAAAGCUGGUCUGAUUUGAGAGCGAGAAAAGCUAAAUACAUGUUUUGGGGAUGCCUUUAUUUAUUUAUUUAUUUUAUGUCUAUUUUUAUUCGGGUUUUGUGGAAGGGAUUAGGAGAGGUGAGCAGCUGUUAAUUGGUUUAAUAAGAGUAAUAAGUCGUCCAGUAGUGUUUCAGCCUCUUUGAACUACCAACCACUGUGAGGAUGUUACCUAGGCAAUAUUUGUUUCCAAGCUGGAGAAACUUCUGAAGCCACCAAACGCAAUUGAGGAUCCCAGCUUCCCUCUGUACUGAAUUAAUGGUGCUGCACAAUAUUUUUCAGGAUCUGUCCCCUACACUGUGCUUUUGCAGCAGGGAAUAGAACAGCGUGUUCCCCGUGUGCCGCUGAAAGCAGGGAUAGGCAGAGAGUCCUUUAGUGUGAGCUGAGAAGCACAAUAACUGCCCAGCCCUGCAGACGACUUUGUGCAGAUCCCUGUGACCAAGGAUCUGCCUGAGCACGGGAAUCCGUUUGCACAGAGGCAGCUGCAGGACUGGAGCCUUAGACUGUACCAGUCCUCCCUUCGCAUGCUUCCGUCUCCUCUUUCACUUACGUUUGAUGGCCCGCUUUGGAUAAGGCUGAUUAUUCAGUUACUCCAGUUUAGCCAACUCCUUGUGACACCAAAUGAAAAGAAAGAAUUUUCGUGCCCAAAAUAAGUUCAUUAGCCAGGGAAAAGCUGGUGAAAUGCAAUGCUGUAUUGUCUGCGUAUUGAUAUGUUUUCCUAAUUAUUUCUUUCCUUCUGAACUGAAAGCAGAAUAUAUUGAUACUACUUUUUCUUCCCAGUGUGAUUUUGUGGAGUUUGAGUAAUAAUAAAUAUACACGUUGUGACGUUCCUAUUCAGCUAUGUGAGAUCCAUCUACACUCCACGGUGAGCACAGAGCUAUUGAAGCCUUUGUCAAAUGUCAGUCCAUGAGAUGUUUGGAUCUCAGUUACAUUAAACAAGGUUCUGUACACUGUUCUCAGAAAAGCUGCUGUUUAUGCACCUUUUAAUUAGGUUUGACAUGAAAGCUAUUUAAAGUGAACCUUACUUGUUCAGUCUCCCAGCACCGAAAAAAUACUGGGUACUCAACCUCGUACCGUUUUGUCCUAGAUGCUGUAAGCCUGUUUUGGGGCUGCUCCUGACAAGCAACAAUAUAAUGUUUCUCUUACUGCACAGUUCUACAACAGCCUUCCUUGUCAGUAGAUUUAAAAUAUUCCUUCCUCUCCCCCCCCCCCACCUUCUUAUUGGGUUGCACUUCCAACUUUCAGGUAGUAAAACUCUGCAAAUACCUCUUGCAUCCAAAGAAUGUAUUCUUGAAACCCUUUCUAGGAUUCUAGUUUUGGUUAUGUCAGUGUGUGUCAGUAUUUCUUUUCUUACAGUAGAGGAGUUAACGUCAUCUAGAAUUGUUUACAUGCCUGCUAGUGUUACAUUGGGUGUCUCGGAGCUGUUAGACCCUUUUUGCCUUUCACUUAUUUUUCCUGAUUUUUAUAGAGACAACUAUAUCCGGUGGUAGAAUAGCGUUUCUCGCUCGUUGAUCAGCUGCGUAUCCUGGCAAAGGCCUAUCAAGACGUGCCCGCUUCUCUCCCGUGUUAAAUACCGCACAGCAAUGAGACCUCCAGGCAGCAGCGCUGCGUCCGGUGAGAGGUUGGCACGUUGCGACUAGACCUAGGAGGAACAGCGGAGUCCAGGUGCGGGAGGAGGGCCUGGGGCUGAGAGCGCCUUGCUCGAGAUGUUGAAUUAACGCACUGCGUAACACCCAGGCCUCCUCCUUACGCCUACACAACGAACAAAUCUCCCAUGCUGAUCGUGGUAUGGUACUGGGGGAGUCUUGAUAGUUUUCUGGUAACGCCAGAAUACCAAAAAGUCCCAGGGCCUCUUUCCUGUUGGCACUAAGCAAAUAAAAUGACCAAGGAUGGAAAUAUUACUGGAUGCUGAAAUCAAGGGCUGUUGUCUGCUCUUGGAACGGAUUUGUUAUACGCAGAGAGCUGACUGCAGGCAGCGUCACGCUGCCUGAGAACUGGAAAACAGUUAUGAAAAGCUGAGUAACAGGUUGAACCUCUGUUUGCUUAUUGCUACCGGAAAAUAGCAGCUAACAUUGAACAACUUCAGCUGUAGAGAUUGCCAUUCUUCUUUCAGAAGUUUUGAAUGCUUUUUUUAAUGCAGCGUAGAUAUGAAAUCAAGAAGCUGAGCUCUCCAUGGUGAGGUUAAAUAGUGAGAUUUUUCAAAGGCACAAGGAGCAAGUAGAUACCUGUUUUCUGGUGAAAAACAGGGGGAGCUGAACCCUCACAUCUGCCUUUUACACCUUUCGAAAGCUGUCCCAAUACCUGCAAAAAUUACUCUGUAGGUGUUUUUAAUGGCAUCUCUGUGUGCCUCAGAGCCACAGGCAGCCGUGUUACACGUUCACUUGCAGGAGGCCGUGAUGGAAGUUAAUUGAAUUAAAAUACCUUUUUAGGUGGUUGUGUUAGUGCCAGCCCAGCUGUUGAAGCACGGUGUAGAGGUUGAAGAGUCGGGCAGAUGACUGGCAGGGCGUCCUGCGAGAGCAGUCAGUGCGCUGUCGCGUUGCACUUGUGUUUUCAGGAUGGGUUAACAGCGAUCAUUUCACGGUCAUCCGGGCGGGGGGAAGACUGCUGAAUGUUUGCUAGCCCGGUUACUGCCUGUCGGCACAAUUUGCUUGCAGAAGUUGUUCUGGAGCUUGGAUUAAUGAGGAAUACGCUGAAUAUUUUCUGCAGUGUUGUCUUAACCUGCUGCUAGCACAUGAAAAUAUUUUUUUUCUUACAGCUACUUCAGUGAAAAUGAGUUGAUUUUUCAUUUAAAGCAAAGUAAAUGACAUUUCCGUUUACUUAUUUUGGGUGUUUCUGAUUUUGAAGUAAGCGCAGGCUUGCUUUUUGCUGCCCAGAAUUUAGCAUUAUUCCCUUUUUGCUUAACCUAAGAGCCACAACAUCCUAAGUGCUUUGAGCAGAGCAGAGACCAGUAAAGGCACGUGCUGCCUAUCCGCUUUCUCACUGCUCUUCUCUAAUGCGAAGUGGACCGGGGUUUGGAGGUGGCCACGUGGGGGUGGAGAGGAUGGACUCUCCAGCAAAGCUCUCCAGUAAAACUUCGCCCAGAGGUAGUUUAGCACUGGUUGGCAACAGGGAAGGGCUUUAUAGGAAAAAAUAAAUAAAUAAAAUAGUUUGAGACUCUUAUUUUAGAUCCAAAAACAUAGAAAAUGGGGUUUUCAGGAGAAAAGUGAAGGGCAUUGUUAACAAAAAAUUGAAUGCAUCCGAGCUUUAAGGUAAAGAAGAGCUGAUUCUUGAUUUUAAAAGAACAAGCUUUUAGGGUGUCUAGCACGUUGAAGUUGCCAAACUCUAGCUUCUUUCUAAAACUUUGAUUCUGAAUUUUAGAAGUUUUAAAAUUUAGGGUUUCUAGUGAGUGCCACAUCCAACUCCUGCAUUAAAAAAAUAACAUCGAAGGUGAGCAGUUACUGACUUCUGAUCUUUGUUUCCCAGUGUCGCAGAGCACUGAGAACCUACGAAUGCCUGAAGCUGGCUAUAAUCUGAUCAGCUUCCUGUGUGGCUUGGGGAUUUUUGCCAAGUCUAAAGAUUGUAUCUGUUUUCUCACUUCUCUUGUGCUGCAGUCUGGUGUUUUCUGAGUGGACGGGAUGUGGGGAGAGGUUCUCGCCUGUACUAGACUAGAGCUCCCGCUCUUCACAGCAGCAUUUGAAUUCUGUUAUUGCCAGGUCGUGGUUUCAUAUGUUUUCUUUGCCGUUUCAGCUGCUCUGACUGCCGCUUGCCUCUGCCCGUGUUUCCUAAUAUAAAGAGGAAUAGUAUAUUUGUUCUGCUGUCUCGGUUCUGGUACGUUUGCCCAGUCGCAGCUGCAGCGCUCUCCUUGCGCUAUUGCUACGCUGCUUAACAGAAGAUAGAGAAGAGUAGCAGGCACAUCCAAAUAGCCCAACUGAAGAAUUCUGCGAAAAAUAACAUUUCCAUCUCACCGCAAAAAUAUAUAUAUAUUAUCCCAAGUGAUUAGUGAUUACCAGAAUAGUGAUUCUACUUACUUUCCACAGUAGAAAACUUCAGAAAUCCAGGUCCGCUGUCCACGCCAGCGAUUCUUUAACAAGCAGGAUUUCUAGUGGUAGAGACCUAACUGGUAAUACGUAGAUGUUUCCUUUUGUGAAAGUGUAAAAAAAAAAUAAAAAAACCCAAACAUCUACUAUUAAUUGAUACAACUUUCUCAGUGGCUGAAGAUGUCACACAGGUGGUAUGACUGUGAAAAGACUAUUAUUUUCGAGCACCAAGAAAAACAGUUGAUGCUAAAGGUGCAAGGAUCCCAUGGUACUAAAUAGCAGCGAGCUGUGGUACUCGCUGGUACUGCUGGGGCCUUGAUGCCCCAGCAGACGGGGAGACCCAGUACUUCUGUGACUUAGCUAAUUAUAUGUGGAACUUCCAAUUUGUUCAGACUUUGUGCAGGAAAGUCAUUUAUCCCUCCCCUCCCCCCCCCCCAAAAAAAAAAAAUUUCUUCUUUAAGAUCUCUAUGUAGGCUGUAGCAGUUGGUUUUUGGCGUUCCAGGGAGACAACGUUUAAGGGAAAAAAACUGAAUUAUGGUUUGUUGUUACUAAGGAUAUUCUCAACAGCCAGUGGCUAUAGAAUUUUGCAAAGUCCUAUAAAAAAUAAGUUGGAAACUAGAACGAUUGAUCACUAAUUCCUGCAGACAAACUGAAGUCCUCUAGGUGUUUGGUUUGAGUGGUCCAACGGUCUGAAGAUUUUGUGUCAAGCUGUGAAAUCAUGGAUCGUUUUCUGCUAAAAUGUACGGUAACGGAAACUUGAGAGGCAGAACACCAAGGCCUGCUUGUAAAAAUAAGGGGUGACCAGCAUGGGAUAUAGUGUAAUGAUACAUGUAUUUUUUCUCCUACCCAACCCAAGAAAUAUGCUCUUCAGUAACAUACAUGCUUCCAGGUCAGGAGAUCGGGCGUAAAGAAAUUGUACUGCACUAAUACGUUGAUAUAGUUAAAAAUCAAUCCAGUCGCUUUUUAACUAUCAAUCUAAAAAUUUAGACAUCUCCAUGUCCAAAGCUACUGCUGUGUUAUCCCCCAAAACUUAAUAUCCUUCUUGAAAGUAGUAUGAGGCCUGCUGAGCUGGUGGCAAAACAUGGGAUAAGCGUAUACCCUGCAAGAUGCUGAAUUCUGUGAAAUCACUGAGUGAAGGAGAAGGCAGCUAUGAAAGGAGAUGGCAGGUUGGUUUGAAGGUUGGUCUUUAAUUCCCAGGUUUGGUGUCUUUGCUUGGCUGAAGACCUGGGAAGUUUAUCAGGUGUGAAACAGAGCCUCUAUUUCCCUGUAGGCUUAAGAAUUCCCUAUUUUCAGUGGUAGUACGAGGGAGCCUUAAAAUGGACUUUUUAAGUCUACUUUAACCCCACUGUCCGAGCUCUGUGCUCAGGGUGGUAAGGAGGAGGUAUUUUGUCUGUGAGAGUCGGACACCAGGAGCUUAUCAGCUUUGUCUUCUUCGAGUUGGUUUAAAAUCGAAUGUCAGGCUCUGGGGAGGCUCAGGCAGAAACUGAAAUAGGUGUGAAAUACGUCUUGUUUUAGCAGCCGCUGGGGCUGGGGGAAGGAGUUUGGAGGUGCGUUAUAUACACAGAGAGAAGCAAGUAUAAAACUGGCAGAAAAAAUGAUGGAAAUUUUCCGUAUAAAGCCUUUUUUAAGUCUUUACAAGAGGACUUAAAUUUUGUCUUUGGCGGAGUUAACUGGCUGCAGGACGUGGAUAUGGACAGUUGCUGCUUCAACUGGAGAGCCAACAGUAGGCUUUGAGGAAGGGGAUUCUUCUGGAAGAAAUCAGUUUUCAGAAGAGAUUUAAAGCUUUUUGCCUAGUUCCUUACUGUAGCUGCCAACCAUGUGUUUGCCUCACCGAGGUGCGGCCGGCCGGCGCCGCACGUUUCGGCACAGGCAGGGCUGGGUUUUUGCAUUUCAGCCUUCAGUCGUCUUCUCUGUGUUUUAUUCUGUUCUUCCGUUGUUUUUUUGACUCGCUAUAGCAACAUGUAUUUUAAUCUCCAGAAGUUGCAAUGUUCGGUGAAUCUUGAGAACUGCAAAGAGAGUCAUAGCAUGGGAACAGUUACUAAAAUUAUGAUUUUCAGCUCUUAAUCAGUGCUGCUCUAAUUGCUUUGUCAUUUAUAGCUCACAUUAGCAAUUACAUGCAGUGAAAGUCAACGCUGAGCAUCCAGCAGGUGGUCGUGGUCAGAGCUGGGGUGUCCAUUGUUUGAGCAUUUUGAGAAUCAUUAUUCAGAAGAUGCCAAAGCAAACUCUCUAAAGUACUUCUGUUUUUUCCUUAGGUGUUAAUAUGUUCACUUUUUUCUAAAUUAAUAUUUUGGCUAAAUAUCAGUUUGCAAUUCAGAGAGUUUUCAUCAGUUCUUUGAGAACGAGAUAAGCUAUGGAGAGGAAAAGAAAUGGCUGUGUGUGGUACAGUAAGAGCAAGCACGUGUGUGUUUGUGCACGCGUGCCUGUUCCCGGGUGCGCGCGUGCAGAAGGUGGUUGCCCCUUUGAAUCUUUUGAUCAUCCUUGCCUUGAUUUCGCUUGUAAUUUAUUUAUAACGUUAGCUAUAUCGUUCCAUCUCGCUGUUGCCUGCUAGCGGUUUGUCCAAAGGAGGAGUUCUUGCAAGAUUGCAGUGAUCUGUACCAUUGUCCGAAACAGGGUUCAGCCACCACACAGGUGCUGGGACACUCAGACCACCGUCGCCGUGCUUCUUUUGUAUGUUUUGUGUGCCCAGCCGCUAGAGUAACCUUCUGCGUGAUUUAACCUCCUAAAUCAUUGCUUCUGGCUUUCUGAGGCUGUGUCGAUGCACCUGUGCUGAGACGGGGACUUGCGCCCUGUUGCAAGUACAGCUUUAAACUUCCAGAGUAAUGAACUCUUCAAAACCGAGAGCCUUAACUAGUGCUGACAUCUGUUCAGAGGCAAAGCGCAGUUGCAAGUUUGUGCUGAAUGUCUGAGAAUUUAUAUGCUCCCUCGUGGCUGCCUCCCUUUUCCGAGGAGGUCGUAACAGUUUCCACACGCGGCACGGACCUUGGCCACGCUCACUGAGUUAACAAGUGCAGAAAUGUGCCCCCACGCUCGUGCUCUCCGGAAAGUCAUCCAACUCCUACAGGGUUGGUAUGAUUUUCUUUUUCAUUGGAUUUACCUUAAAAGCUCUUUCUUCCCUUGAACCAGUAUGGUUAAGUUAGCGUAAAGAGUUGUAUGUAUGGUGGCUGAGGGCUGGCUGCUUCCUUCUGCACCCCGUCUCUGUUCAGGACUGCUGCAUUAAGAGGAGGAGAAGGCGAUGACGUAAAUGUAUCGCUGUACGGAAAGGCCAGCGAAGCGGGAAGGCGUUGAGCUCCCCUCCGGGCGCGGGAGGGCGGCUUGCGGCCGGGCGAGGAGCCGCCUGGCCGCGGCGGCGGGGCUGCGCGCGGGGAGGUCUCGCGGCGCCCGGGCGGAAGCAGGCUUCGCUCCCCAUCGCGUUGCAAAUCGGAUUCCCUCCCCUCUCGGCCACGAGAUUGUGGAUACUUACGGAGAGAAUGACUGGCCGUGGUUCACGCGCCGGGCAGCGUCCCUCUGUCCCAAUGGCUUGAGACGAUUCCCGUUCCUGGAUUGCUAAUUAAUCGCGACUUCCGUUCCCCAACUUCGUAAGUACGUCUUCCCUCUUGGCCUAUUGGUUUUGUUUCAUGUUUUCCUAUGAGGAAAUUGCAGCUGGAUAUUAAAAACGUGCACUAGAAAUUCAGACACUGCUGUCGAAGCCGUGUGGCGGGGUUGGGUUUAGUUUUGAGUUUUUCAUACGUUAGUUUAUACAGUAUUACACAAAUAUAGGACACUAUAUAAGCAAUUGCUGUGUGCAAAGAGCUGUGGUGCCUGGCUGGAGUGUUACCUGAUUGCAAGCAGCCUGCGAGCGAUUCUUUUUGGAAGUGAGAAUCUCAAAUCAGAGUUUGCUUUUGUUUAAUAAAUAGUUGCAAGUUUGACAAAGAUGUGACUUGUGCUCUACCUGGCAGCGUUGCAGACCUGGAAGUUGAUAGAGACAUCAGGCCGUUACCUGCUUUCCUUAUAAGCUGCCUCUCCAGUAUUACCCGAGUCUCUAGCACCGCCUGUCCGUGCAUAAGCAUACAUAGAAAUUGUACAGAAAGUGUUAAACAUUAAUUAAGAACAGAAAAAAAAAAAAAAAAAAAGGAGAAUGAACACAUUUAAAAGUAUCCAGGUUAGCUGGAAAUUGUUUCUUCACGAUGUCUUUGGUUUCCUUUUCCUUUCCGGCCCCAGCAAACCCCAUGGUCGCACUACGUUCUCCCUUCCCUUUUUUGCAAAACGACAGAAAUGGCCUGUUUACAAACACUUACACGGGGAAGUUUGGAACUUCUGCCAGGUUACUUUUGCUAGGGGGGACGGGGCUUCCUUUCGGCAACUUAACUGUAAAUAUUCUGCAUAUGCUUUGUUGACAAAACAGAAAUGGAAGAAAGUUGUAUCUGUGAAAUAUUAAGCUAUAUAUGUAUAUAGAUAAAAUGCAUAUUAUCUUUGACUCGUUACUACGGAUCUGUAAUCAAUUGUAUAUUAAACUGUUUUACUGUAUCGCAGAUCAUUUCACGCUAUCUUAGAUGUAGAAAAGCUGAGAAAGUAAUUCACAAUACAGUAUGUCAACUUAAAA